GGGGUUCUGCCCGGGCGAGCCCUCGGGUAGGGCGUGGCCGUAGGCGGGGUGGGCGUGGCCUUCGUCGUCGGGCGGGACAGGGCGUGGCUUUGCCAGAGAAUGGGCGGGGCCCGGGCUGGGCGCGGCGCGGGGUCUGCCCUCCGCCGGGAUUCUCCAUUAGGGCUUUGGCCCGAAGCGGCGGCCUCGGAGGGGCGGGCGGGUUCUACUCCCCGGCCGGCCGCGCGCCCGCGCCUCCCAAUUCCAGGACCAGGGUGGGGGCUCGAGGCGGCGGCCGGCGGCUUCGCUCCUGCCUGGACGUCUGGGCGCGGGGCCAGGGCAGGCGGGGAGCGGCGGCGGCGGCGUGGGGCCGCGGAUCCCACGGAGGGCGGCGGCCUGGGCCGGCUGAGCCAUGGCGGCCCCGGAGCCGGCGCCGAGGCGGGGCCGGGAGCGGGAGCGGGAGGAUGAGAGCGAGGACGAGAGCGACAUCCUGGAGGAGAGCCCGUGCGGCCGCUGGCAGAAGCGGCGAGAGCAGGUGAACCAGGGGAACAUGCCAGGGGUCCAGAGCACCUUCCUGGCCAUGGACACAGAGGAGGGGGUGGAGGUGGUGUGGAAUGAGUUGCACUUCGGGGAUAGGAAGGCCUUCGCGGCCCAUGAGGAGAAGAUCCAGACCAUGUUUGAGCAGCUGGUGCUGGUAGACCACCCCAACAUUGUCAAGCUGCACAAAUACUGGCUGGAUGCCUCAGAAGCCCGGGCGCGGGUGAGCCACGGGCACAGGCACACCACAGGGUGGGAUGUGGCCACAGCUGGGGUGGGGGAUGGGGGGUGGUGGCAGGGACCCGCCUGCAGUUGGCGGAGCCCGCCCGCCCCGCAGGUCAUCUUCAUCACAGAGUACGUGUCAUCGGGCAGCCUCAAGCAAUUCCUCAAAAAGACCAAGAAAAACCACAAGGCCAUGAACGCACGGGCCUGGAAGCGCUGGUGCACGCAGAUCCUGUCUGCACUCAGCUUUCUGCAUGCCUGCAGUCCCCCCAUCAUUCACGGGAACCUGACCAGUGAUACCAUCUUCAUACAGCACAACGGCCUCAUCAAGAUUGGCUCUGUGUGGCACCGCAUCUUCUCCAAUGCGCUCCCAGACGAUCUCCGAAGCCCGAUCCGUGCUGAGCGUGAGGAGCUCCGGAACCUGCACUUUUUCCCGCCAGAGUAUGGUGAGGUUGCCGAUGGCACUGCUGUGGACAUCUUCUCCUUUGGGAUGUGUGCACUGGAGAUGGCUGUGCUGGAGAUCCAAGCCAAUGGAGACACCCGGGUCACAGAGGAGGCCAUCACUCGUGCCAGGCACUCACUGAGCGACCCCAACAUGCGGGAGUUCAUCCUCUCCUGCCUGGCCCGGGACCCCAGCCAUCGGCCCUCUGCCCACAACCUCCUCUUCCACCGCGUGCUCUUCGAAGUGCACUCGCUGAAGCUCCUGGCAGCUCACUGCUUCAUCCAGCACCAGUACCUCAUGCCUGAGAAUGUGGUGGAGGAAAAAACCAAGGCAGUGGACCUGCACGCAGUCCUGGCAGAGAUCCCCCGGCCGCCCCGGCCCCCGCUGCAGUGGCGGUACUCGGAGGUCUCCUGCUUGGAGCUUGACAAAUUCCUGGAGGAUGUCAGGAAUGGGAUCUACCCGCUGAUGAACUUUGCGGCGGCUCGGCCCCUGGGGCUGCCCCGUGUGCUGGCCCCACCCCCUGAGGAGGCGCAGAAGGCCAAGACCCCGACGCCAGAACCUUUUGACUCGGAGACCAGAAAGGUGAUCCAGAUGCAGUGCAACCUGGAGAGAAGUGAGGACAAGGCCCGCUGGCAUCUUACUCUGCUUCUGGUGCUGGAGGACCGGCUGCACCGGCAGCUCACUUAUGACCUGCUCCCAACCGACAGUGCCCAGGACCUUGCCACCGAGCUGGUACACUAUGGCUUCGUUCACGAGGAUGACCGGACCAAGCUGGCUGCCUUCCUGGAAAGCACCUUCCUCAAGUACCUUGGAGCUCAGCCGUGACCUCGCACCCCAGCCCCCAGGGACCAGCCCUGGCCGCCCACACGGGGAAGCUCAGCAUUGGGCCAGGGCUCAGGGGACCAGGGGCUGAGCUCUGCUUACAUGCUUGGGGGCUAAUGACCAAAUGCCUGCUAGUGAGGAACUUCUGCCUUCCAUAGCUUUCAAGGAGGCCCUGGAGUGGGGUGGGGGGGUGGGUGCAUUUGGGGUCCAUCAGGGGGUGAAGGAGCCUGGGUUGGGGGUCAGGGGAGUAGUUAGGCCCCACAUGUCCUUAGGAUAGGAUUCCCCCACCUAGCCAGCUUCCACAACUCGCAGUUCCUUCCCAUAUUGUCCAUUUCCUGGCCAAGAGUUCUUUCCCACCCCAAGAUAUCUGGUCAGUGAUUGAGCCUUCAGCAUGGGGGAGGCUGCCCUGCAGGGAGCCAGAGUGUGGGGGUGGGGGAUCAGUCCUGGACAGAUGCCUGCCCAGGGAAAUGCUCCACACCCUGUUGGAACCACAGACCCACGUCGGGAACCCCCACAUUAAGCCAGUGGUACCAUACCUGCAGGCGUCAGGCACAAUGCUGGGCACUAGGCAGGGCCACGACCUGGCAGGAGAAGCAGAUGGCAGAGACACUUCAAGAGUCCCCAACCCGACAUGGCUCCUGCACAGCCCUCCAGCCCCUGCCCAGUGCAGACCCAUCUUGGAGCCCUCUGCUGACUUUCCACUGCUCUGGGACAGGGACCUGCCACUCCCUCUGCAGACUGUUCUGGCCCCUGCAGCCCUCUCCAUAGGGCUAUUUUCUCUCCCACAUUCCUGGGCCUGGAGGGGUUGGGUUUAGGCAUCCUCCUUGCUCCUCGAUGUGCCUCCUCUCAAAUUCACUACCCCCCAUGUAACGUCACUCACCCCCUCCUGUGGCAGCUGCCUCCCAAGUCCUGAGAAUGUCAGCCCCUGACUCCCUGUCUCUCCCACUCAGCUCCCUCCCACCCCUCAUUGUCCUAGCCUCUUCUCUCCUGGGCCACCUCCCAUCCAUCUUCAAAUUGAGUUAAACGUUCUUCAGCAUUUUAAAUUGCAUGUAUAAACUUAGUGCAUUCAGGUUCCUUUUGAAGUAUUUCUAUUGUCAGACCAGGAAAGCUCACCACUGUGUUACUUCUCUUGUUGUUAUAAGAAUUUACCACAAACUUAGUGGUUUAAAACACCACAAAUUUAUCAUAGUUCUGCAGGUCAAAAAUCUGGUACAUGUCUCACCAGACUAAACUCAAGGUGUUAGCAAGGCUGCAUUCCUUUCUGGAGGUUCUAGGUGAGCCGAGAACUGUUUCCUAGGUUUCCAUAUUCUGCUCCUUCAGGUUAUUGGCCUGCAGGUGUCAGGCAUGGCAUGGGCACGGGGCACUGGCCAAGAAUUCAUUUCCUUGCAACAGUAGGGCCAAGAUCCCCAUCUUCUUGCCCGCUAUAAACUGAAGGUCAUUUUUUGGCUUCUACAGGCACCGCCAUUCUUUGGCUCAUGUACUCAUCCUCCAUCUUCAAAGCCAACAACAGCCGGUUGAGUCUUUCUCAUGAACCAUCUGUGGUUUUCUGCAGCCAGGAAAGCUUCAUGUAAUUAGGUUGGGUCCACCUGAAAAAUCCAUCGCAAGUUCCUUAAUCAUAUCUACAAAAUCUCUUUUGCCAUAUAAAGUAACAUUCACAGGUUCUGGGGGUUAGGGCAUGGACAUCCUGGAGAGAGGGUAUCAUUUUUCCACCUACUACAUUACCCUAACCAGAAACCAAAACAAAAUUACCAAGGUGUAUCAAAUAAAUGUACAAACAUAGUGAAUCUCAAGUUGUCUUAAACAUCCCAAUACUCCACAAAGUUACUCUUUCAACUUAAAAUAACAAAUCUACAAUAACAUACAAGUCUAGUUGGAAAUCCUGAUGCUAUCUUAAACAAUUUGAGUGUCAAAUGCAUAACAGAUUGUACCCAUGAUUAAACUGAACUCAAAACUAUCAAUACAUUGCUUCAUUUAAUCAUGCUUAUGUUGAGGUUUUCAUUUUAACUGUUAUCUUUUCAAAGUUAUAUACAUAACAUUUUGAAAGUGGAAUGGGUUUUUUUUUAAAGCCAACAAUAAAUGAUCAAUGCAGUC